AUGGUCACCCCAAUAAACCCCAAGUCCGCUGUGUCUACUGCUUCCAUUCACCUUCCAAGUCAAACCACAGGACAAGCCACUAUGAAAUUCACCAUCCCCAGUAUUGCAACUUUGCACACUUCAACAUUUGCUCAAGGGUUCAGCAAUAAUGAACAUCAAGUGGCCGCUAGGGCUUUACUGAGGCAUGAUGUUCGUAUUGAUGGGACACAUUAUCAGGCUAGACAGCCUGGUGGCCUUCACCCAUCAUAUUUUGGUUUUAGCGGCACUGCUAAACAAACUGCUGAAAGAUCUCUUACCCACGAGGAACUGCUUGAGGCAUCGCUGCAAGAUGUCUUCAAUGCAGUAUUUGCCCAAGAGUUUGCAAUGCCGCAUCAUAAGCGGUUCAACCAAUGCUGCAUCGUCGAGAACAUACAACCACCACAACACUUUGCUGCAGCUCAUAUUUGUGUCAAGGGCCCACAGUAUCUACCUGGCCCAGUGGUGGCCACUGGCGCACAUAUCAAAUGUUCUGCCCAACCUGCCAGCACCUUCACGAAUGAGUUGCAAACGACCACAACACAUGAUUCUCCAUCUGCAGCUAUCCGUGGAGGUGCAGAGAUGGGUGCAGGCCUUGGCAAGAAAUUUUCACCACUGCCGACCACACCCCAUGCACAGGUUCAUCGACGUAGGCAUGCGGAUACUUUCAUGCCCGGCAAGGUGAUUGGUGAAGGCCCGAUUUUUUCGGUACCGAAAUUGGAGCAGGACACUGCAUUUUAUGCUGGUGGAAUGCCGCUCAUUAGUAUUGGACCGAACACUGAUGUUGCUAUGGAUCAGAUUAAGUUGGGGGACAAAAUCUUACCCAAGCUCCGUGUUCUAGUUCAAACAGUCUGUAGCAGCCGAUGGGAGGCAGUGUUGAGGUCCCCGAAAUGGGAUAUCUCGUAUAAACAUGCUUCCAUUCUGUCUCAGGCAUUGCUGGUUGACCUUCAGGGCACGCCACCCAGCCCUGAUGUUGUAAAGAUCACUGUUCCCCUUUGA